AUGAUACAUAGAUUAAUAAUUGUUUUUUUACCAGUAUUAUAUACUGCUGUUUACAGUAAUCCGAAAUAUCAACGGAUAUUUAUCAGUGCAAGGGCAAUAAAUUUUGUAGAUACGACAAAGCAUGGCUUUCGAAUCGUUCUGUUGAAUUCAUUUCUUGAAACUCAUCUUUCACCAACUCAAAUUCCAACAUUAUUUGUUUCGGCAAUUCCAUUAAAAUCAGGCGAACCGCUUGUUACCAAAGUUUUUUAUCCUGAUAGCAUUCGGGAAGAUAAGCAGGUAUAUUUGUCCGAUUUACGAGAACGAUCAUGGUAUUAUAUUUGCAUUGAAUGGGAGAAUUUCAACAGACAUAAUGAAACAACUGGUACUGAUUGUCGAUUAUUACGAACUUUAGAUCGAUUUGGAAAAAGUGCGGAUACAACAGUAGAAGAUGUAGAGGUGGUUGAUAUCACUGCAACUACAAUGCAAUUUAAAAUCCACUCUAUCACGAAUUUUCCAAUGAGGUCUUCUUUACCUAUUUAA